GGGAGUAAUAUUUUUUAAUAUCAUUAUUUUGAGAUUUGUUUUGGUUGGUUUUGCGAUAUAUAAAUAUUGGACUUGCCAAUUUCUAUUACAACCAUAUCAAAUCUAAAUAAACCAAAACAAACAAGAAAAUGGCGAGCAACGAAGCUCUCUUACCCGUCACGUCCCGACAAGAUCUAUUAUCCGAGUCAAGAUCCGACCAGAUCCCGGAGACCCGUCGGAGAAGACCCAUCAAAGUCCAUCUCGCCGUCUAUUCCGGUUUGCUCUUGAUUGCUUUGUACGUUGCUCUCAUCGUCACACACGAUGGAUCCACCUCUCAACAUGGCGCCAAGGAUGAAACGUCGACAGAGUCACGUGCUCGUUUGGCCGGCGUGUCCGAGAAGAGCAACGACCGAGUUUCGAGAUUAUCAGAUGAUCGGAAAGUUGAAGCGUUCCCGUGGAACAAUACUAUGUUGUCGUGGCAACGCACGGCGUUUCAUUUCCAGCCUGAGAAAAAUUGGAUGAACGAUCCUAAUGGUCCAUUGUUCUAUAAGGGAUGGUACCAUUUCUUCUAUCAAUACAACCCAAAUGCAGCUGUGUGGGGUGACAUUGUUUGGGGCCACGCCGUGUCAAAGGACCUUAUCCACUGGCUUUACCUCCCAAUAGCCAUGGUUCCUGACCAAUGGUACGACGCAAACGGCGUCUGGACCGGUUCAGCCACUUUUCUAGAUGAUGGCUCCAUUGUCAUGCUCUACACCGGUUCCACUGAUAAAUUCGUACAGGUUCAAAACCUUGCAUAUCCUGACGACCCAAGCGACCCACUUUUGUUGAAAUGGGCCAAGUUCUCCGGCAACCCGGUUCUCGUACCUCCACCAGGUAUUGGUGCAAAGGACUUCCGUGACCCAACGACGGCCUGGAAAACAUCGACCGGAAAAUGGCGAAUCACCAUCGGCUCCAAAAUCAAUAGAACCGGAAUAUCUCUCAUUUAUGACACUACCGAUUUCAAAACUUACGAGAAACAUGAUACCUUGUUGCACCAAGUCCCUAACACCGGAAUGUGGGAGUGCGUUGAUUUUUACCCUGUGUCGAAGACUCAAGUCAAUGGGCUCGAUACUUCGGUCAACGGGCCAGAUGUCAAGCAUGUCAUCAAGGCUAGCAUGGACGAUACUAGAAUUGACCAUUACGCCAUUGGGACGUAUUAUGAUUCAAACGGUACAUGGGUCCCGGAUAAUCCUUCUAUCGAUGUCGGAAUCAGUACCGCUUUGAGAUACGAUUACGGGAAAUUUUAUGCGUCAAAGACGUUUUACGAUCAAAAUAAGGGACGGAGAAUCUUAUGGGGUUGGAUUGGUGAAUCUGACAGUGAAGCUGCUGAUGUACAAAAGGGUUGGUCUUCUGUUCAGGGCAUCCCAAGAACUGUUGUCUUGGACACAAGGACGCGGAAAAACUUAGUCCAGUGGCCAGUUGAGGAAAUCAAAUCAUUGAGACUAAGCAGCAACAAAUUUGACAUGACGAUUGGACCAGGGACAGUGGUUCCGGUAGAUGUGGGUUCUGCGACUCAGCUCGACAUAGAGGCCGAGUUCGAGAUCAAGACCGAGGAUCUCGAACUAUUCUUUGAUGAUGACUCUGUAGAGGCCGACAAAAAAUUCAGCUGCGAAACUAGCGGAGGCUCCACGGCACGUGGUGCUUUAGGGCCUUUUGGAUUCUCCGUUCUUGCUGACGAAAGCUUGUCAGAACAAACUCCGGUUUACUUCUAUGUGACUAAGGGAAAACAUUCAAAACUCAAAACUGUCUUCUGCACUGACACCUCAAGGUCGACUAUGGCAAACGAUGUGGUGAAACCGAUCUAUGGAAGCUUCGUACCGGUCCUAAAAGGAGAGAAAUUAACAAUGAGAAUCUUGGUGGAUCACUCGAUAGUAGAAGGAUUCGCACAAGGUGGAAGAACAUGUAUAACCUCAAGAGUAUAUCCCACAAAAGCAAUCUAUGGAGCUACAAAACUCUUCUUGUUCAAUAACGCCAUUGAUGCGACCGUUACGGCGUCGUUUAAGGUCUGGCAAAUGAACAGUGCUUUUAUUCAUCCUUACUCUCCAGACGAUCUCAGUGUUCCUUCCCGUACCUGAUCAUUUUACAUAUAAUAAGGGGAUUCCUCUUUUUUAUUUUUAGCUUUUUGAUUGAUGUUAUAUUAUUUAUGGGUCUGAUUUGAUCUGUGUGAUUGAUUCAUCAUGUGAGUGAAGAGAAGAAAAAUAAAAUGUACUCUCUCAUUUCCGUAACGAAAUUGGGGUUCGUUUUUAUUGAUCAUUUGUUCACUUUUGGAA